CGCUGCAUAUUUCCUGCUCUAGUUUUCUAAACAUGUGCAACUAUUAGUUCGAGGAGUGUCAGGUGUAAAAGCGCAGCCAGCUCGUUUUUGGAGCUGUCAACGAACGUAUCUAGCACAGUGUAACCUUGACAGAUCGUUUUACACGGCUGCAACUCGAAGUGAAGCUUGCCUUUGAUCCCGAUCUGCCGGCGACCGUGCGAUCACUGUCACUACAGUUAACAGCUGAACAACGCGUUGGUUCAACGUGACAUGUGUGCAGUUCAUGUCCGGUGUACCGCUGUGUCGGGCGCCGCAUUUCCUUCAACUAAAGCUGAUGUUAUCAUUAUUCGGACACGCUGAAGCCCCGGUACCGACGCUGUAGCGUGAGGCCUAACGAAGACAACCGGCGCGAUUGCUCAAUUUGAGAGCUGUCAUGAACGACUUUCAUGGAGACGACGUCGAGGAUCUGAAAGAGAAAACGCCUACAGUCGUUCAAAAUCGGUUUCCAGCCACUCUGAAAAGAUGGGAAAUCCUGCUGAGGAUGUUUCAUUGGCUGGUCUGGACGUCCGGAUUGGUUUACGUUCUGGGCUGCUUCGUGACGUCGAAAACGAAUUAUACAUUGCCUGAAGUUGUUCCUGACGAGUUCGUCGAUGGUUCAUAUGGUAUCCCUCGUGACAAGGACACUGCUGACGAAGAAUGGUAUCGCUACAGCACUGCCAUCCGCAGGUUUUGGCCGUGGGUUUUGGUGCAGCCCCUCAUCAGCCACUGCCUUUUUGCCAAAUAUCACAAAUGGCUUCCAAGUUUCUAUGCUGCAUACAGCACUUUCUUCCUGCUCUACAAUGUUGGCUGGCUGACAACUGCGUCUUUCUACACCCUGUACGUCGCCUUCUACGUUUCUGCAAAGUACAGAAGUACCUUGGUGUGCUACCUUCUGGGUCUGGCUGUUAUCGUCCAUUCGGCCUUUCCUGUACUGACAUUCCUAAAGCCCGUCUAUCUUUACCACGGCAGUGUGGAGACUUUCCUCACGCAAGUUGGGCUUUCGUGGACGGCAGCCCGGUGCGUGAGCUUUGCCGUUGAUGCCAUCACAAGACAAAGCACGCAGAACAGCAAUCCUGAAAUCGACACUUCGCUUGCGUACAUCCUUUACUUGCCAGCACUGUUUACUGGUCCCCUACAGAAUUACUCGGACUUCGUUGUACAGGUCACAAAACAAAAAACAGCCUGGUCAGUGCAAGAUAUCAUGUAUCCUGCUGCCCAGGUCGGGUUGUGUACACUCUACUACUUUCUUCUUGAGGUCCUUCUGCACUAUUUCUACAGCUCAGCCUUGGCGUACUACCCUGACCUCGUGGCAGAGAUGGAUGACCCCAGCCUCCUGGGGCUCGGGAUCUGCCUCACGGUGCUGUUCUUCCUGAAGUACCGGAUACUGUACGGGCUGGGGUCGGCAGUGGCUGGCCUUGAGGGCAUGGCACUCCCUCCACCACCGAAAUGUGUGAGCCGCAUUCACCUCUGCUCCUACCUCUGGAGGCACUUUGAUCGAGGACUCUACCUGUGGAUACAGAGGUACAUCUACCGGCCAAUCGUGGCUCGCGGCUGGACGCCGCAGCACCGCAUGGUGGGGGCAGCAGCCAGUUUUGCCUUUGUCUGCUCGUGGCACGGCAUGGACAGGGCAGUGGUGGUGUGGUGCACCCUCAACUUUGUUGGAAUCUCCACCGAGCUCCUGAUGGAGGUCAUCAGGAACACAGACAGCUGGAAGAGGAUUGAGGACACCUUCUUCAGUGGAACGCGGUUGCGAUUUCUCAGGGCUGCCGUCUCUGCACCCCAUUUCCUUUUCUCCAUGUUUUCCUGUAUGUUCUUCCUCAGCAACGUGGACAUCGGGCUGAUCUUCCUGAGGAAGAUAAUAUGUGGCUACCCAGUUCCCUUGGUGCCAACGCUUCUCGUCAUGUACUGCGGUUGUCACGUCUCAAUGGACAUCAUGGACUGGGAAACGAAGAAAAAGAAGUCUUCUUAGGCAGUUGCUGAUAUUUUUCAAGGUAAUUUAACGGCACUCAGCUUGCCAUCCUGACAUACCUGCCUAGGUACUGGAACCUGGAAUAGCAAAACGGACAGGCCACAAUGGUGAAUGUCUUCUAUUCACGUGAAUGGGAGAAAUGUAAGUGAGAAAGGCAGUGUACUGGUUGCACCAAGGCCUUUAGACACCUGCUUCAUUGGUCACAAUUUUUCAGGGCAGCUUACAGAGUUUAAAAAAAAAUUGAAAAGGUUUAGUAGUAUUGCCCUAGAAAUCGAAUUAAUGCAGGGUGAUAUCCGACUGCUGAUCUAUUUUACCCCAUCAUUGUUUAGUAUUGUAUUGCUCUCAUUUAGAUUCAGAUUGCAUGUUUACAUACAUAUAAUUUAUUCUUUUUCUUAUACAUAAUGUUUAUGCUACUGUUUACACAUUUGUAUUGCUUACUGCUGGCUUCUUUUCAGCCACUCACACAAUAAAAUGUUUUACUGCUUUU